AUGCACUUAGUUGCAUACCGUCACCAUAUGUAUGUGCAAGGGACCAAUGAGGCUACAUGCUGCAAAUACUUUCAGGCCACCCUCAAAGGUGUAGCAUCCAAAUGGUUCGAAAGGCUACCUGCGGGAUCAAUUGCCUCCUUCAAUGAGCUAGAGACACUAUUUUCCACAAGGUUUAUGGCAUACAAGCAAGAAAGGAAGACGAGUGUGCAUCUAGGCCGCAUUCAGCAGGGAAAAGAUGAAUCUUUGCGAAGAUAUGUCAAACGCUUCAACCUGGAGGAUGGAAAAAUUCCAGACCUGCUCGAUGGCGUCUCCUUCGAUAACUUCAUCAGGGGCAUAAAGAAGGGAUCGUUCAAAUUUGAUUUUGUCAAGAAGAGCGUACGAACGAUGGCAGAAGUCCUUGACAAAGCCGAGGCAUUUAUACAUGCCAUGGAUAUAUGUAGUGUGUCCAAAGACGGAAAGGCUGGGGAAGCAACGGACUCAUCCCGGAAAAAAGAAAGAACUGAUUGGAAAAUCACACGGGUCAAUGGCACCUGGGCACUAUCUAAAGAACAAGACUCCACCUCUACUGGACAAAAGAGGGGACGGCCGCAAGAGAAGGAAUUUUUUGAGUAUAACACGGAUCUCCUUACCAUUUUGGUAGAUGUAGGGACCAUAUUCAACCUAGAACGGCCAUUUCCAUUGAAAUCUCCCGCUGAGAGUCAAGAUCCCAAGUUAUACUUUCAGUUUCACGAAGAUAUAGGUCAUGAUACCAAAGACUGUAGAAGUCUGAAAAGGGAUCAGGACGGGUUGGCUUCCAAAGGGCACUUGAAAAUUAUCUGCAGAGGAACACUCACGACACAGGAAAAAGCCAUUACAAUAAGAACAAAUCACUCGUUUCAACUGGAGAAGAAAAUCAAACUGAGGUGGGGUUCGUAG